GCAGGCGCAACGCGGAGGCGGGUGGGCGGAGCAGGUCGCGAUGAGUGGCGGAGGGACGGAGACGCCUGUGGGUUGUGAGGCCUCCCCGGGCGGCGGCGACAAGAAAAAGGACUCGCUGGGGACCGCGGGCUCUCCAGCGCACCUCAUUAUCAAGGACCUUGGAGAAAUUCAUUCAAGGCUUUUAGAUCACAGACCAGUUAUUCAAGGUGAAACCCGUUAUUUUGUGAAAGAAUUUGAAGAAAAACGGGGUCUUCGAGAAAUGCGAGUUCUUGAAAAUUUGAAGAAUAUGAUCCAUGAAACAAAUGAACAUACUCUUCCCAAAUGUAGAGAAAUAAUGCAGGACGACUUAAGCCAAGUUCUCCAGAGAUUGCAAACAGCUUCUGACGCAGUCUGUAGACUCCAACAGAAGGAGCAGGAACGAAAGAAGAUUCUUAAUGACCAUUUAAUAGCUAGUGAAAAACAGCAUAUAAUCCAGUGGGAAGAUUUCAUGAAAGAACAACACAGCAAACAGGCUGAAGUGGAUGAAGAACACAGAAAAGCCAUGGAGAGACUUAAAGAACAAUAUGCCGAGAUGGAGAAGGACCUAGCAAAAUUUUCAACCUUUUAAGAACUUGAACCACAAGAGUGACAAAGUAAUAAGAAAACAUUGACUUCCCCCAAAAAACUGUUCCCACCAAACCAUUUAGCCUCUGCUUCAAGCUUAGCAAUAUAUUCAGUGGCACUCUUACAUCAGAAGAAAGAAAGGUCUUACUGGAGUCUUAAGUGUUUAAUAGAAGAGAGCUACAUCUUUCCAGUUUUAAGUGCCUACAUAUGAUUAUUUGAAUGGGGAGGAGUAGCAGGAAAAAUGGUACAAAUUUGUUUUUUGUUAAUCAGAAUUGGGUGUUCUUUCCAUUGAUCAUCUCAGAGAACUGUUAAGUACAGGCUUCUUAGAAAAAUAAUUUAAUUCAUUCUCACACAGAGUGAACAGUAGUUAUUUGACUUAGAAGCAGAUACAGUAGCUGCCUGUCAUAACGUCCUUGGCUAUUGGAAGAGUGUUAUACAGUAUUAUUCCAUGAGUAAUGUAGACAAAAACAACUGUCUUUGGAGCAGAGAUCAUAUUUAAGAGAGGGGACAGUCAAAACCUUGUCUCUACUGAGGCAGAGAUGGCCACGUUGGCCUUUGAACUGCCUGCUGGGAAAGGUUACAGAUUUUGCAGUUCAGCAUAAUGCCGUGUGUUUCACUGAGUGACAAAACACACUUGUUAAAUUUUGUGGCCUUCUGGCACUUAAUAUUUUCAACUUUUAAAACAUACUUAGAAGGAAAAGCUUACCAAAAAUAUAUUUGACUUUUAGCCUUUCCAAGAACCAUAAUCUUGUCCGUAGUAUUCACCUCAUUUACCUCGUUUUUGUGUCUGUUUUGCUGUGGGUAAGCUUUGUAAGAUAAAUAAUGUCCAUACAUGUUUCAACUGUUUAAUGAGUAAUCAGCAGAAUCUGCCAAGGAGUCCCUCUGGAACCAUAUAAAGAUUCUGGCUCUGAAUAAACCAGAAGUGUUUGCCCACAUAGCAAAUGAUCCAUGUUAAAUGUAAAUCCUUUUUUAGUGUUCAACGUCUGUUCUCAUAAGCAGGUGUAUUAUGAUGAAACAUGUACCAAUUCUGUCAUCACUGUGAUCUUUAAAAAAAAAAAAAUCUGCUUUUAACAGUCUAAUUGAGGAACUAAAUUGAUUUUUUUAUUUGCCAUAAACCAAGCAAAAUUAAAUGCAAUAAUUUCUUGAGAUUUAUGGCAAAUGAAUUUGAGGUAUGGGUAAAUCUUUCAAAUAUUGUUUUAGUGCUCUUCAGUAAAGACAGGGGCAGGAAAGAAAAUACCCAACUCUCUUGUGUUAUCUCAGUCUUGCUACUGCAGAAAAGUGACAAUGCUUGCUUGUGUAAAUUUAUGGCCCCCUGUCAAAGCUUCAUUCUUGGCUCCAUGUUGAAAAUGUGAUUAAAGUUAAUAGAGGAGAUGAAAUAAGUAUUUGAGAUUUCUUUCAAUAACACUGAACUUCUGCCAACUUUCUCUGUCCGCUACUGUAGGCUUGACAGGUUCAUCAAUCAUUCUCUGGUACCUGGACUAAAAAAGAGCACUUGCUGACACAAAGGCAUGUUGGAAUUUUCUUAAUUCUCUUUCAGUGGAUGGAAAAAAAUAAAACCGUACUUCCAAAAAUAGCCCACACAUGAAAAGGGAGGGGAACCUUAAAUGAAAAUUCCCUUUGUACUGUAGGCAGUUUUUGGAAUGCUGUUAAUUGCCUGUGCACCGUUUGAACAGAUGCUAUAACCAAGAAAUCAGGACUGUGUGUGUGAGAGCAAACGUACUCUUAACUGGUUCCUCCAUCCACUCGUGCAGCAGAGGUUUCUGAUGGUGUUUGUUCAUCUCAUAUGAAUAAUAAAUACCAUUAUAAGUUCGUGUAUUUUACAUAAGGAUCUAAAGGACUUCUUAAACCAAAAUGAAUUGGUGGGCAUCUUGAACUUUAAACGUUAAGAUAGUACAUUCUUUCUUUAUAACUUUGUGAGCUAUUCAACAUAGUGUGUGAAAGAGACAGUUGGUUUGCCUUCCCCUUAAUAUUUUCCCUCGCAUCUCAGUUUCCAAAGCACUUUUGAUAGGUAUUUUAUUUACAUAAAAAGUUAACUUUAAUUUUCAACAUUUCUACUGUUUAUGUGGUUGAGCAGAGGUAAUAUAGGUUCUGUGUAGCUCACAGGAUUAUUUUGUAAUGAUCAAAUGAAAUAAUGUUCUGCCCUUUUAAAGUGCUAUAGCAACAUUUGUUUUUAAGGCCUAAGUAUUUUCUGUUUUUCAUUAUGAUUUCUUUUUUUGACUUACAUAUUUGAGGGUGGUUUUUCAUUUCAUAACCUGUAGAUUUUUAAAUUGUUCUUAUAAUGAAUUUAUACUGUAAUUGGAUUGUGGUUAGAGAAUGGGGCAGUAUCAGACUGGUACAUUGAAAUUUAUUUGCUUUAUGACCUAAAAUAUUGUUAGUUUUUGUAAGUGUUUCAUUAGUGUUUCAACAUACACUGUUUUCCAGUUAUUGGGUAUCCAUUAAACAAACUUACAGUGUUGUUCAAA